AUGAUCACUCCAAAGAAACUCCUGAAAUUGGCAAGGAAGUGGCAAAAGCAGGCUACCUUGAGCCGGAAAAGAGUGACAUAUCCGACAGCCAGAGCAGAUGGUGUGCAUGUCAACACAUCAACAAGAGUCGAAAAGGGCCAUUUUGUGGUGUACAGUGCAGAUCAGAGACGUUUUGUGAUCCCGAUAGUCUAUUUGCAGAACAAAAUAUUCAGAGAGCUUCUGAGAUUGGCCGAAGAAGAAUAUGGAAUGCCACGUGAUGGACCUAUUACACUUCCAUGUGAUGAAGCUUUUGUUGAUUAUGCAAUUUCUCUAAUCGAAAGACAUGCUACAAAAGACAUGGAGAAGGCACUGCUUAUAUCCCUUACUUCUGAUCACUGCCUAUCAUCAUCGAACAUCCACAAAGAGCAUACCACUCAACAGCUAUUAGUCUGUAGCUUUUAA